AAGAGAUUAGUAAUUUAUCUUUUAUACUUUUAUGAUAUCGAAAGAUCUGUACAACAUGUAUGAAACAAACGCGUGGACCUGGCCCAAACACAGUCCCAACAUAAAGGGCUAAAGCGUUCAGCAUUUUGAUUAAGUCAAGGUAUAAAAAUAUGGAUAUCGAUAUUUUGCAUCCAGAUCCAGUUUUAGAAGCAAGAAAGCAUAAACUCAAAAAGCUCGUUCAGGGACCUAAAAGUUUUUUCAUGGAUGUUAGGUGCCCAGGUUGUUUUCAAAUAACAACAGUUUUUAGUCAUGCUCAAAGUGUUGUGGUUUGCUCAAGUUGCAAUUCUGCAUUAUGUCAGCCAACUGGUGGUCGUUGUCGUUUAAUGGAAGGUUGCUCUUUUAGACCAAAGUCCGAAUAAACAGCUUAUAAAAUAACUUUACUAGAAGAUUUUUCUGCAAUCAAGCACUAAGUUCAUUUUUGAAAACAUGUAAAAAAAGUAAAUGAUAACUGUUUCUCUGAUCCGAAACAAUUAGUAUAAAACACUAUAAACAGCUUGCGUUUAUUUUUAUUGUAUGAAAGAACAAAAUUUACCUGUAGCAUAUGGUGCAAACUGUGACUUUACUGAAGUACAUUAAGAAAUUUUAAA